AUGCCGCUAGACUCUGAGAAGAAUCUCCUACCAAUGGCCCGUGCGACUCCAGAAACUCCGGAGGCAGAAGACAAGGAGAGGGGGUUUUCGCCGACACCAAAUUCUUUGAAGACGGUUGGCGUCGAGAGGACAAUAUGUGUUCAAGAGGUAGAUGUUUCAGAUGAUGCCUACGUGAUGGACCCCAUUGCGGAGAAAAAACUGGUGAGAAAAAUAGAUAUACGGAUUAUACCCGCGAUGAUGGCAAUACAUACCCUCAACUUUUUGGCUCGGGCGAAUAUCGGCAAUGCUAAAGUGCUCAACGCGAACAAUGGUCACUCUCUCGACGAGACGAUCCAUGUCACCGACAAACAAUAUCUUGACGCACUCAUGAUAUUCUUCGUCGCAUACUCGAUCUUCGAAACACCUUCCAAUUACAUGCUGAAAAGAUUUUUUCCUUCUCGCUGGUUCGCAUUCCUCAUGCUCGGAUGGGGUGCCAUGGUCAUGAUUCUCGGUGGAGUGCAAAACUUCGGUGGGCUCGUCGCCGUGCGCUUCCUCCUUGGUGCCUUCGAGGCGGGGCUCUUUCCAGGGAUCAUCUACUUCCUGACAUUCUGGUACCCUCCUCACGAACGAGCGUCCCGUACCGCUUUGAUCGUCACGGGCGCGUCGAUGGGUGGCGCGUUUGGAGGGUCGAUCGCAUUUGGAAUAGGGAACCUGGACGGCGUGAAGGGUAUUGAAGCAUGGCGAUGGCUUUUCAUACUUGAGGGUAUACCGUCCGUCGCAUGUGCAAUCCUGGUUUUUUUCUUCUUUCCUGACUAUCCGGAAUCUGCCAAAUGGCUGUCGGAAGAAGAGCGUAAGUUAUCCCUUCACAGACUCAAGGGCAAUUCGUCAUCCGGGCACGCCAGAAUUUCGUGGGCGGAGACCGAGGCGACGCUGACGGAUGGGAGGCUUUAUCUCCACUAUCUGGCAUACGUCUCCCAAUGCGUCCCAUUUUCGAGCAUAUCCCUCUUCGCGCCGACUAUCGUGGCUGGCUUGGGGUAUCAAGGCUUGGACGCACAGCUGUUCACAGUUCCUCCGUUUGCAAUCGCGUUUGUCGUGACUGUGUCGGUAUCUCGUAUGGCGGACAAGUAUCAGUCAUGGUCCUUGGGGUCGGUGAUUGCGCUCACUAUGGCGGGAGUAUCUUUCCUUGUUCAAGUGGUCACAGGUGCAUUGCCGCCCACGGCAUUCAAGGCGCGAUACGCGAUGCUCUGCCUCGCAUCUAGCUUCACGUACUCUGUCAACCCGUGUCUUCUCAGCUGGCUGACCGCAAACCUGCGGAACACGAGCGCGACGACGCUCGCGGUCGCCUUGAACUUCACUCUCGGGAACAUCGGACAAAUCAUUGGUAAAUAG